AUGCAAGGAUCGGUUACUUCAUCAAAUGUUACGAAGAUUUGUGAAGGCGGCUGGUAUCAGAUACUCGAUCGCUGCUUUCAGUACGUUCGAGUGCCUCAAAAUUUUACGACUGCCGAGAAGACUUGCAAAAAUCUCGGAGGAGAUAUUAUAAACCUUGAUCGUCUUGAAUUCAUCUAUCGCUUCAACUCAUUAUUCGGAUUCGAAUUCGUCAGAAGUUAUUUUGUGCGGAAUAGUGUCGGCAGAUCGUUUCCAAGAAGUUUCGAAGAUGAGAAUUGGACUGUCGAGGUGUAUAACAACAUUGGGACCACUCUUGUCGAGAAAGGAUUGUUGGGUGUGCGUGCGGAUUAUAAAGCUGACGUUAUGUGCGAAUAUGUGCCGGCGACGACGCCAGGAUAUGCGAAGUAUAUUCGAAAAUUGUUCCAUGAGGUGUACCCGUUCCACUAUGCCGACGAACGAUUUGUCGUCCGAACUGCUUCCCAUAUAAGAAGGCGAUAUACAGAAGGCGAUCAGAUAAAUUAUGAGUACAAAAUUUGUUCAAAAAUUUUGUCGGCAUUUGGCAACGCGAAACUGAUUCGCGGAAAUUACGAAUGGAUCAAUAAUGAGGAUUUAUCGAAGAUUCCUGUGGAUUAUAUGAAAAUUUCGUAUAUUCAUACAGCCUAUCGAAAGACGCCCGGCGACAAACUCUGCCUUCCAAAGUUUGAUCGAAAUGAAUCGAAGGUUCGAUGCAGAGAAACACCUUAUAAUCCGAAUAUGGUGUUUCAUGACGAAUCGUUGACGCAUCCUAAUUAUGCUUUGAUCAACAGGUAUUUGAAUGUGACCACGGCACUGGUUGCUGUGCCGAGAUCUGAACGCGGAGUGUUGUAUUGUGAAGCGAGACUUGUCCAAGCCGUCUACGCGUUUCCCGAUGUUUCGUAUCGACCGUUCGAGCACUUGAUCAACACCACAACGACGACCACCCCAAGUGCACCACAACCACCAACACUGCCGACGAGGACAACGUCUUCAUCUCCCCCACCUCCACCACCUUCGCCACCAAUGGUUGUCGAAAAUCCGCCGCCAAUGACACCAAUUUUGGACGAGCGCCCUCCUCCUCCCGACUGGAAUGAUAUUGUGAGACGAUUGAAAAAAAUUUUGGAUAAACUGAUGAGAACGAAGGAAUCGGAAGUGCCGAGGGUCGAGAUUGUUCAGGGUGGAUGCCCUCAAGGAUUUUAUCUGUAUGUUCGACCCAAUGGACAGAUGGUUUGCCAUGGAUAUAUUGGCAGAAUGAAUUGGCACGAUGCGCGCGCAUUCUGCCAGAGUCUCGGCGGCGGUCUUGCCGGCGGAAUCGACUACGUCGAAAUGACGUAUAUCACGAACAUCGUUGUUCAAGUGUCGCACCAGCACUUGUUUUGGGUCGGCGCUUGUCGCGACGAGACCAUCGCGACUUGGUACGACAAUGUCUCGUGGAAUAUACAGAUUCUGUGGAAAACGGUUGGAGAAUUUCAAAACCAAAGAAAUUGUGUGUUCUAUUCGUAUGUUAGGGACGGAUUCGAGUAUUUAGACUGCUAUGCUCCUAUUCCAUUUGUGUGCACCAUUCCUAGCAGAAUUGUGUAUGUUGAGGCUCCGCCCUCGCCGCCGCCGCAGUCGGUUGUCGUUCAUCUUCCUAGCACAUUGCGAAGCCAAUCAAGACGUCGCGGCAAGAAAUAUGAGAGUACUGGAGGAUCGGAAAAAUUGGAUGUGGACGAAGGUCCGGAUUUGCUGCUGAAACCGGAGGAUGAGACCAUAGAGAAAAAACCGAAAUUCGGGACAAGCUCGUCGGCGGAAUCGUCCGGACGACCUGAGAAGCCUUCGGUUCGCGAUCGGAUGAAGUCGUCGAGGAAUCGGAUGAAACGGAUUCGAUUGAAGAAGGUCGCGUGUUGGAAGGGAUCGAGUGGGGCGGUUCUAGAGGAUGAGCCGUUUUAUCACGGCUACAUGUCGAGAGAUGAGGCCGAGAAGUUGAUAAGGAAUCAUGGAGAGUUCCUUUUGAGGAAGACGGAGCUCAAGAAGCUCGGAGAAGCUGUCGUUGUUUCGGUGAAAUGGGAAGAAGAUCAUUAUCAUUUGGCGAUAAUGAAAACCAAGAACAACUAUUAUUAUCUCAAGGAUAUUUGUUUUGAUACAAUUUCCGAUUUGGUUCGCUACCAUCAACAGAAUCGCGUGCCGAUCUACAAUUCGGGCAUCAAAUUGGGAAAUUGGAUUAUACGCGAAGUUUGGCAGCUUUAUCAUGAACAGGUAAAUCUUGGCCGAAAAUUGGGCAAUGGCGAAUUUGGCGAAGUUUUCCAAGGCACCCUCUCGCUUGGUGUGUUCACCAAAGAUGUCGAAGUGGCGGUGAAGACGAUGAAGGGCAGUAAAGUGAAUGCGGAUGAGAAAAUUACGUUCCUCCGCGAAGCCAAUUUGAUGCUUAAGCUUCACCAUAAGUAUGUGGUUCGAUUGUAUGGUGUCGCUACUCAAAACGAGCCGAUUAUGAUUGUCAUGGAGCUCUGUCCAGGCGGCAGUUUGCGCAGCAAACUCCAAAAUGGCGACGAGCCGGUGUGUGUGGAAAACCGAAAAAAGUAUUGCGUUCAAAUUGCGAAAGGGAUGCGCUAUUUGGAGAGCAAGCAAGUGAUCCAUCGCGAUCUCGCCGCCCGCAACUGCCUUCUCGACAAGGCCGACAACUGCAAAAUCAGCGAUUUCGGCCUGUCGCUGUUGGGCAAACAGCACAAGGAGAGCAAAAUGGUGAAGGUGCCGGUUCGAUGGCUGGCGCCGGAAACUCUCGAAUAUGGCGUCUAUUCAUCGAAAUCCGACGUUUGGAGCUAUGGCGUCGUGAUGUUCGAGAUAUUCACCACCGACUCGGUUCCAUAUGCGAAUAUUAAGGUUCUUCGUGAGGUCCGUCUCAAAGUGGUCCGCGACGGUCUUCGACUCGAACCGCCGCCAGAAAUGCCGGCCGAAUUCGGCGAAAUUAUGAAAUCGUGUUUUGAGCCCGUCGAGCAACGAAUGACAUUCGACAACAUCUGCAAAAAAUUCAAAUCGAUUCGGGCUCAAUCCAGCGGUCUUCAAGGCAUCGCCGCGAAAAUUGGAAUGUGA